UGGUGGGUUGUGACGUCGGUCCUCUCCUGAAACGCAUCAUUUGGCAACCCAUCACAGUUCCUCUCCAGCGAAGCUAAGCUACAACCCCACUGCGUUUCCCAUCACUGCUGGAUAGGGCACUUUAGGAUCGCCUCGCAAAAAACAGCGCGGGGAAUAUACUAAACAUCUCAGGGGUGUAACAGAGGAGGGAAGGUGCACUCAGGAUGGUCACCAUUCCGGAGUACUACGUGGGAAAAAAUGUUCUCAUCACAGGGGCCACAGGCUUUAUGGGGAAAGUACUUCUGGAGAAGUUGUUACGCUCUUGUUCCGGUGUCAAAGCUGCCUAUGUGCUUGUCCGGCCCAAAGCAGGACAAGCGCCUGAUGCCCGUAUUGCUGACAUGAUCAACUGCAAGCUUUUUGACAGACUGCGAGAGGAGCAGCCCGAUUUCGCAGAGAAGAUCGUGGCGGUCAACAGCGACCUGACGCAGCCAGAUCUGGACCUGAGCACAGAAGACCAGGAGACUCUCACGGGCAGUAUUAACAUUGUGUUUCACUGCGCUGCCACUAUCCGCUUCAACGAGCCUCUGAAAGAUGCUAUGCAGUUGAAUGUGCUGGCCACGCAGAAGAUGGUUAACUUGGCUCACAGAAUGAAGCAUUUGGAGGUGUUUAUCCACGUGUCCACAGCCUACGCCCACUGUGACCGUGAGCUCAUUGAAGAGGUGGUCUAUCCACCACCUGUCGAUUACAGGAAACUCAUAGACACACUUGAGUGGAUGGACGACAAACUGGUCUCUUUAAUGACACCAAAGCUGUUAGGUGAGCGGCCUAACACAUACACGUACACUAAAGCCUUGGCAGAACAGCUCAUCCAGCAGGAGUGUGGAAACCUCAAUGUCGCCAUCAUCAGGCCCUCGAUCGUAGGAGCCAGCUGGAAGGAGCCGUUCCCCGGCUGGAUUGAUAAUUUCAACGGGCCGAGUGGGAUAUUCAUCGCUGCAGGAAAGGGGAUUCUACGAACAAUGAGGGCUUCAAAUAACGCUGUCGCUGACCUCGUGCCAGUCGAUGUGGUCAUAAACACCACUUUGGCUGCUGCCUGGUAUUCCGGUUCCCAGAGACAUGCCAGGCCGAGAAGUAUGUUGGUGUACAACUGCACGACGGGCGGGAUCAAUCCAUUUCACUGGGGUGAAGUUGAGUACCAUGUUAUAUCCACUUUCAAGAGGAACCCCCUCGAGCAGGCCUUCAGGCGGCCAAAUGUAAAUCUCACAACCAAUCACCUUAUCAAUCAGUACUGGAUUGCUGUAAGCCACAAGGCGCCAGCAUUCCUAUAUGAUCUCUUCCUCAGGAUGUCAGGAAGAGAGCCCAGGAUGAUGAAGACAAUCACUCGGUUGCACAAGGCCAUGAUGGUGCUGGAGUACUUCACAAGCCACUCGUGGGUGUGGAACACAGACAACGUUACCAUGCUCAUGAACCAGAUGGGAUCUGAGGACAAGAAGGCAUUUAACAUUGACGUCAGGCAGUUGCACUGGGCAGAAUACAUGGAGAAUUACUGCAUGGGCACUAAGAAGUAUGUUCUCAAUGAAGAGUUGUCAGGACUCCCAGCAGCACGCAAACACUUGAACAAGCUGCGGAACAUUCGCUACACUUUCAACACCAUUUUGGUUGUCUUAAUCUGGCGCAUUUUCAUCGCCCGUUCGCAGAUGGCCAGAAACAUCUGGUACUUCGUCGUCAGCUUGUGCUUCAAGUUCCUCUCCUAUUUCAGAGCCUCCAGCACCAUGAGAUACUGAAUCCACCCCAACUGUCCUUUCCCACCCCUCUCUCCCGACGGCUAUGCACACACUUAUGGUCAAGCGUACGGGCGUAGUAUCCACUAUCCUCCCUUCCUGCGCAAAUGCACCCUCAACAUCACAGGGUGCAAGUGCACUCAACUGCUAUGUAGAAAGCAUGAAUUUUCAGGGCUCGAGGUCUAUGAAGCUCUCUCAGCACAAUGAGAGCGACUGUGUCCGUGCCGAGCGCGUUUGAGCACUUCGUGUACCUGUUCCACCUCCUGAACGCAAACAUCUUGAUUAUUAUGGUUUACAUACAUGCUCAUUUUUGUUGGCGGCAUUGGCCCCUUUCCAACUGUAAUCAACGAAGCACAAGGAGGAGAAAAAAAAAAAAGAGAGAUGGCUUUGUCUCAGCUCUGUGCCUACAAUUCAAAAAUUACCGUCAUCAUGUGCCCAAUGUCUUUGUUUGAUUCAUGUCUUUUGCCUUACUUCCUUUCCAAUACCUCUCACCAUGGUCGAGAUGAAAGUGAUUGACAUGUCACCAAAUAAUAAGCGUCUUGAGUGUCUGAUUCCAGGCCUUAUGUUUGUCUUCACAAUCUUUUCUUCAGUCAAUACCAAAAUGUCAUAUUGAAAUACUUUUUUUUAUGUACUACUUGACGUUUUUGUGAAAGCAAUCAACCGCUUUUAAUCAACAUUUCUCUGAUAUUAAUAAACGUGUUAUUUUUCCUCAGAAAUGCUAGAAAGAGCAAGCCUCAGUUUUUUCACCUGCUUAAACCUGUUGCCUUUUAUGAAUUAUGAGGCUUAUUAAUAAACAUGAGCAGACGGGUUUGCGUCGACGGUUCGUAAAGCAGUUGACGUUUUACAAACAAUUCACAGAUUCGUUCCGCUCGUGUUUUAUAAAUAAAGUGCGAUGAUCGUCUCUUGCCAUAACUUAUUAGCGUUCAGGUAAUGAGCUUUUGUACAUAAAAAAAAAAAAAAAAAAAAGUUAUCUUUUGCGUAAAGCUUUCUGAGGAUAUGUUAGCUUUCGAAAUUUAGGUAAGAUGUACGCUACUUUAGCGUCUUUGCGUUCUUUUGCGCUUCGAUCGAGUCCAUAUCAGAGGAGGGUGAAUGUUAAUUUUGUUGUGUUGUGUUGUUCUUUCCUCUUUUUUUUCACCCAAAUUAUUUUGUGAACUGUCUGAAUGUUGAAGCCAUGUGAAAGAGCUAAUGUAUGUUUUCUAAAUCGUUCUAUUUAGAUAAAGCACUGUAAUUUAACAUUGUCUGCUACCAAGUAUUUUUCAUGUUUGAAAUAAAUAGGAAGUGAUUGUUUAUGACGCAAAAUGACAAGUGAAAUGAAGAGUUGUAAAUGCACCGUAUAGGCUACUCUUAUGGUCACACAUGCUUCCGAUCACAUUGUCAAGUUAUGUUUGUCAUACAAGCCGAACUCUUUGCACAGCUAAUAUACUAGGAAACGCUAGUUGAUGAAUAUUGUUACUAACUGUGUGGAUUAUAGAUGAACUAUUCUGUCUUUUCUAUUAACGAUGAACUGAUUUAAAAAAAAAAAAAAUCCUUGCCUUCAUUUUUGCGCUUCUAUGAGAAUCCAUAUUUUUAUGUGGGAGUUUGAGUGGAAUAGUGAUUUUGAAAAUGAGUUUUGUGUAUUCAGGGUCUCAUUAAGAGUUUUUUUUUUUUUUACCCCAAAAUAGGGUAAAAUACAAAGUAAAUAAAUAGAGCUUUUUUUCCCCCCUAUAAUAGUCAAAUUAUCUUUGUAGUUUUCUUUGUGAUGGGUAAAAUUAGGCUUCAUUUGGUUUCUUUUGUGUGUGCGUGUGUUUGUGUGUGUGUGUGUCAGGUCACCUAAUGUUUCAUUUCCCACAGUAUUUUAUAACGAUAAUAUUAACAUUUUCUUCCUUAAGAUCAAGCUGAAGUCAGGCCUUGAUGGGACAAAUGUACAUUGUUUCCCUUUCUUUGUUUUGUCUGCCUUACUUAUAUAUCCUGUAAUUAUCAAGAAAUAAGUGAACUGUUCCCUGCAAUGUUAUGCUGUCUGUUUUCUGAGAAUUGCCACAUUAAAAUGUCAGUGGAGGGUUAAAAUCAAUGGGUGCCUUUCGUUUGUGAACCAAAAGAAAUAAACUAUGUGAACUUA